AAAAAUUCUUUUAGGCUAGAGCUACACCAAAAGGCGUAAAGCAAGCCUAUGAAGUGCUGCUGUUGUUUUUCCAGGCCAUCCAUGCUGUCAGUGUGCAGACACAGAUCUCAGGUGGAGCAGGAGCUGCUGCAGUGCUGGGACCCCGCCGUGCCAACAGCAGGGAGACCCCCACCAUGGCACACUGCUACUGCUAUGGCACUGCUCAGGGCAGCUGCAGCACCUUCACUGACCUCAGUGACAUUCACUAUGAGCACUGAGUUGUCCCAUUAUUUUUCCAGGGUGAAGAGCUACGAGGAAUUAAUAUCCUUUCCCUCAGAGCUCGCUUUUCUACUAUCAAAGCAAAAGGCAGAUAAAUUACGGGCCAGGAGGAAAAAAAAAAAAAAAAAGAGUAAGAUGAUAUAAUGAAGGGUUUGUAUUCUGCAUUGAGUUAACCCAGUGGUUGGUUAUUCCCCUGCCAUCUCCUGCCCCAGGCACUGAGCUAUUUCUGGCUCAGUCGUCCUGCUGAACAGACAAGAUGUUUCUAACCUUUCUAGGCAAUAGCCUUUAAUAUGUGCAAUUCCUGCUGAGGUCGACAUAACUUCCAGGCAGGACAAGCUUGCAUAUUUUAGGAGAUCUGGCUUUUAAUGUCACUAAUCUGCAAGCAUAAAAAAAAAAUUACACUUCACCACUCCCUAGAGGUAAACUUCAGGAAUGGAAUGGCAUAAGCACUGCCACGGUCAGCUGCUCCAUAUUUUCCUGAUGCUAAUCUUCAAAGAAAAAUGCAGUAUCCUACCUGCUCCUUGGCUGCAACCCUUCACUGGUUGGCAUCUGCACUACAGUCUGGCUGUGAGCACAGUGCUGCAUCCUAUGGCAUGGGGUGUUUGGGACAGCAUUUUCUGACCAUUGGCUUAGAGGCCAUCUUAGAACCUUGUCUCCACUUUCCAAUCAAAGCCCUGAAAAGCAGAUGUGAAGCUGCUGGGGAGGGUGGGAAGGGAACAAAGGCCUUGGAGGAUCAGCUCCUAACACAUGCAUGGACUGCAGUUUGUAAAUGGGAUCAAUAUGGUGUAUAACUGCUGGGAAAAACGCACGCACAAAUACAACAAAAAUGUGCUGUAAAAUAUGUUGGGGCAGGAAAAUGAAUGAUCUCUCUGUCAGCUAUUUAAAAGCAAUCCAGUAAUGUGAACAAUCAGAAGUGAAGAAAAAUCAAUGCGCUUCUCACAGUGCAGAAAUUGAAAACAAGCAGGAUUUGCUCCUGCAAAAUGCAUGCAAACAAAAGCCAAUGGAUUAAUUUUUCUUGCCAGUAACAUGGUCAUUUCUUCAGAGACAGAGCCAUGCUCAGAGCAGCCCUCUCUGUAGAUACUGUAUGCUGUGUUUAUUGAUGUCAGUCAUAAUAUCCCCACUGGUAUCAGUGGUACACAAUCCAGUCUUUACACUAAUUAUCAAUUAUGAGCAAUUGUGGUUUGUUCCCAUCACGUUUAAUUUGUUUAAUAAAAAGUCGACUAGAAAGAUCUCAAGCAAAGGGAAGACAGAGCAUGGCAAACCCUACUGCUCCACUCCUCUGCCUGACGCUCUGGAAGCACAGCAGAGCCAAAACAAAAAGUAAUGCUGCCCCUAUCGGAGAGAUCAGCCCCUCAGAGGAACGACUGGUGUGUCCCACAAGGCUGCUACUGCAUUACAAACUGCAGCCAACGUCUGCCUUCAGAUAGCAGAGGGGAAAUCGCAUCAGGAGGUGCAAGGAGAACACUGCUGGACAAUGCAGAGGUGGGCGGGGGGCUGUCCAGAAGGAGCCACGGGGGGCUUCGUAAUACAAGGGAAAUCAAAGGGGAGAGGAAUCAGUGGCACAGAGCAGAAGGCAGCAGCAUGGUUGGUUGUGCUGCCCGACACUUCAUGCAGCCACACAGCUUAUCUCAGGACUCCCCAUGUGAGCACAGAAGGAGAUACAUACUGGUUUUCCUUUCCAAAGUUUAUUAUUGGACCUAAGAAACAUAGCUAGAGACAUCACAGAAAUUAAAGACUGCGGAACUGGCACUAAGACCACAGGAACUGCCAGGCCUUAAGUCAGCUCCUGAACCUUGGCCAGGCCUCUGCUUGUCACAGAGGGACACCAUUAUUCAACAAUCUUCCCCCAGUCUACUGAAUGGUCACAGCAGCCAGCCCUGCCAGCAGAGCUCAGGGAACCCGGGCAUGCAGCAGCCCAGGCUGUGUCCCUCAUCACACAGCAAGCACAACACUCCAGUGCAGAGCACAUAAGCUGGAGUUUGUGGGCAGCUGUCCUUCACAGCCACCCCAGAGAACACAUUGCUUUCAGGAAUCCAGGUUGGGUUGGCUGUUGGUUUCCUUCAGGCAACCUCAAAUGAAGUGCUGCACCACCAGACUAAGGACAGCCGUGCUUUCUGCAGAUUACAACAGCCACCCCAGUUCAUACAUCAGUAUUCAGCACAGACUCGGGCAAAGCAGUGCCAAAUGCCAAAAAUCCCAAGAUGAAGAGCACGAGUUUCAGGGUCUGUCAGUGAGCGGUUUUGAUUUCCCCUCCCCAUCCCUCUGCCUUUCCUUCAUAUCUCUACCUCUCUGUUCCCUGUCCUCGAGCAUCAAGCAGCAGAUUGAGAUUAGAGGGAAGGCUCAGCACAAACAGCUUCUCCUGCCUCCCAGUAUAAACUUAGCGCUCUCAGGAGCAGCUCCAUGCACCACGCCUGAAGGCAGCGCAUCCCAGAGCUGCAGCCCAGCACGAGAGCCAGCAGUGCCCACCUGCUCCCAGCACAGCAGUGCCACCAGCGGCUCGCUUUGCUCCUGGGGAUUGAAGGGAUUUUGAUAAUAUAGAUCAAGUCAUUAAAGUGCUUUUGCAAACACGCUGCCCCAUCUCCUGCUGCGUCAGGAGAGCAGGAAUUACUGCCUCACUUUUCUGUCUGCAGGAGCACAGAGGAGGAAUGUGCAUCAGGAGCAUGGUCACCAUGGUGACAGCAGGGACACAGCGGGAGCGUUCUUUGAAAACAUCAGUUUGGAUCACAAUUAAUGCGGGAAAUGAACAGCUGAAGAACAGCAGAAAAACCUCUUAAAUUAUUCAGCUGGAAUAAAUUGUCAGCAGUGGUUCUGAAGCACGAGGCAGCAAUGAGGUCCUCCCUGGGAACCACACCGCUGGAGGGCGGGCAGUGCACGAGCAGCCCAGCCCUGGUUCUGCCUGCAUCCCUUUGCUAAUAACACUCCGAGGGUACUGUGAGCAUUUCCAAACACUGGCACCACACCUCUCCACAAAUGCCAAUUGUAACGGCGCUCUGGAGCAGCAGAGUCAGCAAAAUUGGCAGCACUGGUCCUGGUAACGCAGUCAGACUAAAAAGAAGUAACACGAGUGGUGUAACGACUGCCUGUUCUGGGCGUGCACCAAACGCCAUGGCAGCUCAUCAGUAACUGCACAGCUCCUGUAGAGCUGCCUAGGACCUGCAAAGAUGCACUGCUACAGUAAGAGAAACCACACUUGAAUUAUUAAAGCUAAAAAUUUCUGACCUCAGUCCAGUCGCUGGUGCUGUUGUGUUACCCAGCAGUACAUGAAACCAGUUUGUCUCUUUCCCUGCAUUGACUCUGAAAUUACUCACUGAAUCAUUAUUUCUAAUUUUGUAGGGACUUUCUGCAGAAGGGCCGAUGCAUCAUACCAAGAAAACAUAAUGCUUACAAAAACCACUAUUUAUACGAGAUGCACGGCAAGAGAGACAUCAAAUUACCACUUCGGUGUUGCUCAUACAAACGCAUCGGGAGGUGCUGAUGAACCACAGUCCCUUCCGCGCGGCUCGCUCUCCCAAGCUUUGAGAGCUAUGACAAAUUACAUUAAUUCAUCUGCGGAGCUCGGACACGUUUUCAAGCUGCUCCGUGGCAGUUCCUAUCAGCCUUCCUUCCUAUUUGCCGUAAAGCCGCGCGCAUCGGCCGGGAAAAAACCUCCCCCGCAACGCGGAGCGCCGCGCACUGCGCCCAACCCGAGCGCUGCGCUUCAGCCGCGUGCCGCUGCUGCCACCUGGCGGCCGGAGCGCCAACCUGCGGGCGGAGCGGCGCCGCGUGCGCACGGAGCUGUUUGCGACCAGCGGAUUGCCGGGAAGCGGGCGGGAGGCAGCAGGAGCCGCUCCUGGUGCUCGGAGGUGCGGGUACGGGCCUGUCCCACUGCCCCGCGUCAGGCCCAAACCGCCUCCUGGCGCUCUGCAGAGAAGGCAGCGAGCGUUCCCAGCAGCCUGAUGGUUACACGAUGACGCAGAGCAGUGAGGCUCGGAUGUGACAACACUGUCCCACCACAGGCACAUAAACGGGAAUUCCGAAGUAAGCAGGGCAUCAUCAUUAACAAUUGCUAUGAAGUUGUAGCACGGGACGGUUGAAAGGCAGGUGUGUGGCAGUGCCACUGAGCUGCGCUGUAACACCGUGGGGCAGCAGGAGAUGAGCAAAUGGAAGACAAAGCAAAGCAGUAAUGAGUUCUGCAGCACAGAAAAUGAAGGACUGCUGCCUGGUGAGGAAGUUAGCCAAGCCUAUGAGCAGUCCCAUGUCUAAAGAAAACACCUUAAUUCAGUAUGUAAUUUAGUAAUACACUUCUAGCAGAUAAAUGCUGUAAUGACUAUUUUGCUCUUAUGCUCAGAUUCAUGUUUGAUUGGAUGUUCUGUAGUUCUUAAGAAAAUGAAGAGUAGCACAGCUUCCAAGUGCCAUUCAUCGUGCAAGUCUAAGACGUAGAAAAUUAGGAUCCUGAUUUGAACAUCUUAAGAUCAAAAUUACAUGGAGGAAGAGCUGUACCAGUUGUGUACACAGCGUGCUGUAAUUGCAGCUACUUCUGCAGUAAGUUCUGAUGAGUGCCUCAAACAUGCAAGGUUGAGCAGAAUGAGGUCCUCAAUUCUGCUAAAACUGAAUGAGCUUCCUGUCCAGAAAACAGUCCCGACCUGUAGGUCAUCUAAGUUAAUGACUUCCUGGGAAAAUGAUUUUCAAUAUUUGCUUUUACUCUUCACCUGAUGAGCAGACUUAGCAGCUGAGCACUCUCUAACACAUCAUUUAUAGCGGAGACUGCCUGUACCUCUAAAAGCAAACACUUUACCUCAAUGGCUGCCCUCGAAAUCUUAUGGAACCUGAAUUCAAAUGUCUGCUCCCAGAGCCUUCACACCUCGUUUGAACUGUGAGAACAGAGGAGGCAGUUCUUGCAGUGAGAUCUGUUACGAGGUGUUUUUCAUAGAACCAUACAACGGUUUGGUUGAAAGGGACCUCAGAGGGCCCCCCGGCCCCACCCCCACCAUGGAGCCCCCCCGGAUCAGGGCCCCAUCAACGGCCUGGGGCUCCUCCAGAGAUGAGGCAGCACAACUGCAGGCCCAGAGCUCCCUGAAGUUCUUUCUCUCCCAAGUGUUAAGUCCACGUUCUUUGAGUGACUGUGCAGCAGAGGAGUGAUGGCAGUGCCAUCUGCUGGGCCACAAGCACUAUGGAACAACGAAAGACAGCAAAGAAAAAAUUAAUUCAGCCCUUCUGAUGAGGGUGUGAGAGGAGUGUGAUCUCUGCCUAGAGAUGCUGCUCCCUCAGCUGCUGACCCUUACACGAAGUUGGGGAGUGCACUGCUUGCACCCGAGCUCCAGAGCUCAGCCCUGGGCCGGGCUGUGACACAGCAGAUGCCACAAAGUAACUUUACGGCUGCAAUACUCAGCUUUUAACUCCAAAGUCACCCAUCUGUCAGGUUUGUAAAUAUUUAUAUUCCCCUUUAAAGGUAUGUCUUAGCUGUUUGUUUACCUUUAAAUCUCGACAUUGCCUCACACCACAAAGUUUAACUUAACAAUCUUGGGCUGAUACUGCUCUACACACAAGGAACUGUCAAGAGUUUCACGCUGCAUAACAACUACAUUUCAUGUCUCACACAGUGAGAACUGCUCACAACCCACAGCUCUGCUGUGCUGCAGCCCGAGCCCCCCGCCAUCCAGCCCUGUGCCAUCACCCUGGCUGUCAAAUGCCCACAGCUCUCAGAGCCAGGUGUGCAGCUGUGCUGAGAGACAGCUGGGGAGGCGCACAGCUCUGCUUUGUUCUCAUUAGAUUAACGUCUGUGUAUCUUUUCCUCACCCGUAAAGUCAAAAUAAAGAUGUUCCAGUUCAUUCACGAUGUGUAUUUUGAUGGCCACAGAUUGGUUUGAGCAAAUGAUUCAUUCCUCUCCUUACAAAUUCUUAGGGAAAGCAUUCUCACUUUGCCCAGCCCCAGCUUCGUGCCCUGUAGGAAGGCAACGCUCCUCACUGCAGGGCUGGGCAAUAAAGCACAGCCUCCGGUCUGCAGGGCCAGAUGGCCACAGAGCCGCUGAGCACAGCCCCAGCUCUGGGCACCUUGCGGGGAUGGAUGCGGCCACACUUAGUGCCAGCAGGCGGCUCUCCAGUACAGACUGAACCCGGCUACAGCUGAAGGCCCCUCCUGGUUUCACUUGUUUGGUGUCGGUUACAAGGCAUAAAUAUUAUGUUGUUUGUUCUUGAUGGAUGUACAGGUUGGAGUUGGUUUUUUUUACUGCUCAAUAAAGUUAAAGUUUCGUUGUUAUUGUAGUAUUUUGUUAUUGCUGCUCCCAACAACGCAGGGAAACAAACCCGGAGGGCUCCCUUUUCCAGCAAACGCGUCCCCGAGCGCGGAGCAGUGGUUGCGUCGCCCCGGGCGCCACCCGAAUGGCGCUGCGGGUCCCGCUGGGCGCGGUGCGGUGCAGUCCGAGCCUUCGGGCCCGGUGCGCGACCGCCCCAUCCCGGCGGGGCCGGGCAGCCCCUCCCGCUGCGCAACCGGAGAAAGCGAAAGCGAAAGGGAGCGAAAGCGAAAGGACGGGCAGGGAGCGAUGGGCUGCGGAGCGUGGCUGGCGGCCGGCUGCCUCCUGAGCGCCGUAAUCACAAGGACCCCAAACAGCUUUGCUUCUGCAGAGCCAGGGCUCAGGAGGAGCCUGCAACUUCCCUGCAUAUUUGAAAUGAGAAAAACCGUUCCCGUGUCCAACGAAACAGAGACCGUGCUGCUGAACGUCAGGCUGCUGCUGCCUGUGGCUGGAGCAGAAGGUGCUCAAAGGCCUUGGACAGAAAGCCUUCCUGCAGACAGCCUGCCCUCGUUCAUUGUACAAGAGCCCUCGGUGAAUAUUCUGCAGCACACAGAUGAGGAUAUCAACAUGCUUGACUGCAGGAUCAGCCCUUACUUUACAGCCAACACUCAGAUCCUCUGGCCUGGGAGGGAGGUUCGAGCCCACGGCCUGGACACCUGGUUCACUUGCACCAUAAAGCACACAGCUGGGAAAUACACAGCUACAGCCUUCCUUGUGCAAAGCCAUGAGGACAGAGAGCACCAAACUCCAGGACAGCUUCACCAAGGCAUCGCAGAGCAGACACGCGUGUCAGCGGUGCUGGCGGUGCGCACGCGGCUGCCCCGGGUCCGUACGGCGCUGGGGAAGGACGCGCUGUUGGACUGCGCCUUCGUCGCCGACCCGCGGGUGGCCGUGGCCGUGCAGUGGGCGCUGCGGCAGAAGGGGCAGCGCGAGAGGCGCAUCGCCACCUCCGGCGGCGGCCGCGCUGAGAUGUUCCCGCAGGAGCCCCGCGGUAACGCAUCCCUGCUGCUCCGGCGCGUGGAGCUCGGUGACGAGGGGACGUACAUCUGCGCGGUGCAGGCGGCAGCCCUCGUGCUGGAGCAGGCGGUCCUGCUGCAGAUAACAGAAAAGCCCACGGUGACCAUCAACGUGAACUCCCUGUCCCUGGUGGAAGGGGAGCAGCAGAAGUUGGUCUGUGACAUCCGCAAUUACUACCCUGCGGACAUCCAUGCGCAGUGGCUCCGUGAGCCGCGGGACGCCGGGCAGCUCCCCGACACCGUGCCCAACGUCCUCACCAGCAGCCACCGGCGCAACAGCAAUGGCACCUACAGCUUCUCCAGGUUCUUCCUGCUGACAGCGACCCUGCAUGACGACGGCCACACCUACACGUGCCGCGUGGAGCACCCCAGCCUGCAGGCACCCAUCCGCAGGAGCGUCACAGUGGCAGUGAAAGAAGCGACCUCCACCACCUGGCUGCUGCUGCUACUGCUCGGCCUCACUGGGUGCCUUGUGGCCUCACUCCAUCAUCUCCACAAAGCGAGGAGCACAACUAAGCCCAAACCUUACUAGGCACAGUGCCCCAAUUGCUCAGCAAGGAGCAGCCACGGCCCCAGGAGCUUCAGGUGCUGUCAGCACUGCUGGGUGUCUCAGUGCAGGAGAGCAGGAGGCUGGGCCAGGCUGAAGGUGAUGGCAGUUGCUGAAUGCCAGAGUGGAUGAAGCAGUCUUCCCAAUUACUGGCAAAGGGGGGAGCUGCAAGAAUUAUUUUUGUAAUAAAGAUUGAUUUAGAAAAUCCAAACUUUGGUUUUGUUCUUCCUUGACCCCUCUGCCACUCACUCCCACCCCACAACAUUAUCCUGUUCUCACACUGGUACAUCCAUGGGCUCACUCUCAUCACCGUUCCACAUUUUUGCUGGAAAAAAUGCUGGUCAAAAGCAAUGCUCAUCAUUCAGCCCAAGCUGUAGGGAAAAAACACAGACACUGUUCCAAAAAAUGAAAGCAUUUUAUAGCAUCCUAGGAGGGAGAGAGCUGGGAAUGGCAGCACAUCCUCACCGUGUUCAGCUAAUGUUGUCAUUUCACAGAUGUGCACAACAUAGUACACAUAUGGACACAAAAUAUGUUAUUUAUUGUGAAUUUUGCAAAGACACAUUUAAGCAACAAAAUAUACAUUUGUGAACCUUUAGUUUUAUACAUAACAAAUACAAUCUGCUACCAUAGCAAUAAAUUAAAUGUACAUUAUUUACAACAGAAAUAGGCCACCAGGAACUACGAAGCACCGCCUCUCCACAUAAAAAAUAGACUUCUGUCAGAUACAUUUUUUCAAGAUUUGUUUUCACUCUAAAAACUCUCUUCACAUUCUAAUGAUAUAAAUUCAGUAUUUUCCUUCACAGGAUACACGCAGUGCUACAUUCCUUCAAACAACGAAGCAUGCUCUAAGGUUCCGAGCUGAGCGCAUCCCAGCCGCACGCGGCCCAGCAGUGUGGGUGCAAUGUGCCCCGCGGGGAUCGGGGCCACGCGGCACCCCGGCACCAACUGCCCCAGCAGCAGCUGAAGAAACCCGGGGUAGCGGCUUUCAUCAGGGUUACCGUGCCUGCCGGUGCCGAGGAAACAUUCCAGCCCUGCAUCUGCCGUCGCCAUAGAGCCCAAAACUCUGGAAACAAACUGAGUCUGUGCUUAGGACGGUCCCUUUUUAUCCAGGAAAAAAAAAAAAAAAAAAAAA